AUGUCUAAAUCCACCAUUCUCGCUAUUUUCAUGAUCGUCCUCGUUCUAGGGAAGGUAACGAAAGAGACGCAAGGACAAGAAAUGUGUCGUGAUAUUUUAAUGAAAGCUAAGAACUGUGAUGAAGGCACUUGUGAUACUCUGUGUAAGCAAAAAUGGAAAGGAAAUGGAUCGUGCUUCCCAAACGUUUAUACUUAUAGAAAAAGUUGUCUCUGCACAUUUCCUUGCAAAACUUAA